UGAUCCAAACACGGAUUUAGGUAUCCCACGCUUCGACAGACGGCUACUGGACGAAGCCGACGCCCAAACUGAGUUGAAACCAGUAGUGACGCGACGUCUCUCUCAGUGUGUCUCAUCUUCCACCGUUUUGUUCCAAACUGGAUGAGUAGAAAUCAGUUGUGACGCCAUCUCUCUCACUCUCUGUGUGCCUCAUCGUCCACCGUUUUGUUCUUCACAAUACAAAUCGACCCACAGAAAAGAGAAAUAAGAGAGAGAUUGUUGGCUAACAAAGCCCCCUAAUUAACUCUGAUUUGGUCGGACUCUAAUUAAUGGCGUCAAAGUUGGGUAUCGCCGGUGGCAUACCAGAGCGUCGAGUUCGACCUAUAUGGGACGCUAUCGACUCUCGUCAGUUCAAAAACGCUCUCAAGCUCUCCGCUUCUCUUCUCUCGAAAUACCCCAACUCUCCCUACGCUCUCGCACUCAAGGGUCACAUUUUGGAAAGGAUGGGUAAAUCUGAUGAAGCAUUGUCUGUUUGCCUAAAUGCCAAAGAGCUAUUGUAUAAUAAUGACUCCAUUGAUGAUCUCACUCUCAGCACGCUGCAGAUUGUAUUCCAACGACUUGAUCAAUUGGACAUGGCUACUAGUUGUUACGAGUAUGCCUGUGGCAAGAUUCCAAACAAUUUGGAAUUAAUGAUGGGCCUUUUCAACUGUUAUGUUCGUGAGUACUCAUUUGUGAAGCAGCAACAGAUAGCUAUUAAAAUGUACAAGAUUGUUGGUGAGGAAAGGUUCUUGCUUUGGGCAGUUUGUAGCAUUCAGUUACAGGUUUUGUGUGGUAAUGGAGGAGAGAAACUGUUGCUUUUAGCUGAAGGCUUGCUUAAGAAGCACAUUGAUUCUCAUAGCUUGCACGAACCAGAAGCUCUUACUGUCUACAUUUCUCUGUUGGAACAACAAUCCAAGUUCGGGAAUGCUUUGGAAAUUCUUUCUGGGAAAUUAGGAUCACUUGUAAUGAUUGAUGUUGACAGAUUACGGAUACAGGGAAGGCUUCUUGCUCGGGCAGGUGAUUAUGCAGCUGCCGCUGAUAUAUUUCAGAAAGUCCUAGAAUUAUGCCCUGAUGAUUGGGAGUGUUUCCUGGAUUACUUAGGCUGUUUGCUGGAGGAUGACAGUAGCUGGUGUAAUGGUGCUAAUAGUGAUCCAAUUUAUCCAUCAAAAUCCGUGGACUGCAAGCUUGCGCACUUGUCAGAUGAAGUGUUUGAUUCUCGUAUAUUAAUUGCGUCAGCUUUUGUACAAAAGUUAUUCGCAGAAGCCAGUACUGACUCUGCAAGAUGUCCAUACUUGGCAAAUCUUGAGAUUGAAAGGAGGAAGUUCUUGUUUGGAAAGGGAGAUGAUGACAAACUAAUCGAGGCUCUAAUACAAUAUUUUUUCAGGUUUGGUCACUUGGCCUGCUUCUCUGCGGAUGUUGAGGUGUUUCUUCUAAUCUUAACUCGUGAUAAGAAGUUACAAUUUUUGGAGAAGUUAAUGGAAAUCCGUGAUUCCCCUGCAACAACGGCAGCAAAAGCACUGGAGAAGUCAUUGACCCUUUUUAAAAUUCAAGAACUGGUUGGAAACUUCUUCACUCUUCCAGCGAGUGACCUUGAGGGUCUUGCUGUACAAAUGGCGGAGAUGUACUGUCAGAACCUUCCUCUUUCAAAGGAUUUGGAUGUACAAGAGAGCAUGCAUGGUGAAGAUCUUUUGUCUAUGGUGUCCAACAUUUUGGUUCAGUUAUUCUGGCGUACUAAGCAUCUUGGCUAUUUGGUGGAGUCAAUUAUGGUUCUGGAGUUCGGUUUGGCUAUACGAAGAUAUGUUUGGCAGUACAAGGUCUUAUUGUUGCAUUUGUAUUCUCACUUGGGCGCCCUUUCAUUAGCAUAUCAAUGGUAUAAGUCUUUGGAUGUGAAGAACAUUUUGCUGGAAACUGUUUCGCACCAUAUUUUACCCCAGAUGUUGGCAUCUCCCCUUUGGGUAGAUUUAGGUGAUCUUUUGAGGGAUUAUCUGAGAUUCAUGGAUGACCACUUCAGAGAAUCUGCAGAUCUUACAUUUCUUGCAUAUCGCCAUCGAAAUUACUCAAAAGUAAUUGAAUUUGUUCAAUUUAAAGAACGAUUACAACACUCUGGACAAUAUUUGAUGGCAAAGAUUGAAGCACCCAUUCUACAACUAAAGCAGAAUGCAGAUAACAUUAAAGACGAAGAGUCUGUCCUUAAAAGCUUGAAGUGUGGAGUUCACUCUUUAGAGCUCUCAAGUGAGACUGGAUGCAGAUUUUUGUCCUUCAAUGAGGAUUUGCAAAUACGGCCUUGGUGGACGCCAACAUAUGACAAAAAUUAUCUUCUAGGACCAUUUGAAGGAGUAUCUUACUGUCCUAAAGAAAAUUUGCAACAUCACAUUAAACGAACUAAAGCAAAUGUGCCAAAAGCUAUUGAGAAGAGAUCCCUUCUUCCUCGGAUGAUAUAUCUGUCUAUCCAGUGUGCUUCGUCAUCCCUCAAAGAAAAUAUGGCAACCAAUGGUUCCAUGUUUGACCCUAAAGUCUCCUUGGAGCUAAAAAUUCUACUGGAACGCUAUGCAAAAUUAUUGGGAUUUCCUUUCCAGGAUGCAAUAGAAGUGCUUUCUGCAAUUUCAAGUGGCAGGAACUCUUCAGAGGCUUUGAGCUCGGACCUGAUUGAUUGGAUGAACUUUGCCGUGUUUUUGAAUGCGUGGAACAUCAAUUCAAAUGAGCUCGGACCAGAUAAAGAUGCAUGUAGACCUGUUUCUUUGCACAUUGUGAAUUCUUUGCUCGAGAAGUGUAUCCUAGAGAAGCUUAGAUCAAUGGGACCGUUAAUUUCAUCACCUGGCAGUGAUCUUCCUUUAUUAGUGCAAUUGGUUACUGAACCUUUGGCAUGGCAUAGUCUUGUAAUCCAGUCUCGUGUCCGAUCAGCCCUUCCGUCUGGAAAGAAAAAGAAGAAAGGUGGGCCUGCAGAGCCGACAAACUCCCAACUGUCUCAAGAAAUCAGGGAUUCAAUCCAGUCUCUAUGUGCUGUGAUAGAGGAGGUUGCGAAUUGGUUAAGAGAACAAAUUAAGAGUCCCCUCGAUGGAAAUGUGGAAAUCAUACUUUCCUCCCUUGGGUUGAAAGAACAGAAUGAAGGGCCCGGGAAGGUUUUCCAAAUUCUACAAACUUCAAUCUCGUCCAUGAAUGAUGUAGAACUCGGUGAUCGGAUCUCCCAAGCGUUGAAGUCUUGGAGUCAUGUUGACAUUGCUAGAAAGAUAGUAACCGGGCAGUCUACUGUACUGUCAGAGUUUCUCCAGAUCUGUGAAUUAAAAGUUAAAUCAUUACAGGCGCUGAAAUUGCAUGCAUAGCAAGUUUGAAAGUGAUCAUUGAUAGUUACACAAAUUCAUGCCUUGUUUGUGUUUUUUUUAUUCUUUAUCACGUUUCCUGGGACGAUCUCGUGUCUGAUGGUUGCCUAGAAUGGUGUAUGGUCGAGUGUUUGCACUUUCUGUAACGGUUAUUAUUUUAAAAAUUUUUAAUUUUCUUUUAGAAUUAGAUUUUUUGUUCAAAGGUGUACACUAAAUAAAUAUGGGUUUUCUUCUCUGAGUGUUGACACUUGCACAACUGUCUUGUAAUAUUAAUUUUUUAGCCAUAGAUUUUGGCGAAUGUAUUAUUCAAUUUUUCA